GAGGUCAAAACACCGGCGACCUCCCCGCUCUAACCUGAUUCUUCUCACAUUCUACCAACUACCUAGGUAUACAGGUAUAAUUCAAAAUGGAAACCGAUCCAGGAUUCAUCGCUGCCGUCGAAGAAGCUCGCCAGGGACAGGCCGAAGGUGGCGUUCCUAUUGGUGCAUGUCUAGUCUCCAAGGAUGGCAAGAUUCUAGGACGCGGCCACAACAUGCGAUUUCAAAAAGGAAGUGCUACUUUACAUGGUGAAAUCUCGGCCCUCGAAAACUCAGGUCGUCUCCCAGCUUCUGCAUAUGAAGGUGCUACUAUGUACACUACCCUCUCACCCUGCGAUAUGUGCACAGGUGCCUGUAUUCUUUACAAGGUGAAGCGGGUCGUGGUUGGCGAGAACAAUAAUUUCCUGGGUGGUGAAGAGUACCUAAAAAGCCGGGGAAUUGAGGUUGUUGUUCUGCAAAACGAAGAAUGCAUCAAGUUGAUGACGGAUUUUAUCCGUGAGAAACCUGAGUUAUGGAAUGAGGAUAUUGCGGUUUAGUAUCGGUUACAGAUAUAUCAUAUGGAUGGAGCAUUUUGUAGCGUGGCGAGGUUCUUUUUCUUCAUCAUCUUAUUCUACUAAAUCAUA